GUUUCCCAGCACGUGUGGCUGCUGCAUCUCCCAACCUGGCUCUCACUGCAGGCAGUGAGAAGAGUACAAAGUUGGAGCUUCUGAAAAAUGCACUAGCUGUUGCUUUGACUGGUGAUCACUGGACAUCCUUGAGCAAUCACAGCUAUCUUGGAGCCACGGCACACCUGACUGCUUUAACAGUAAUGCAUUCUGAAGAGAGACAUUAUGCUGAAACAUGUGUAGAGCAUUUCUUUGAUGUUGCGAAAGAAUGGAAUAUUCAAGAAAAGCAGUCCUGACUGAGCCUCUCCACAGACCCCUUUCUAUCUACUCCUUGCUAAGGAUAACAGUCUACUACAAAAUUACUGAAGAAAAUCUUUUCAUACAGACUUCUUCACUUCAUUUACUUUUGAUCUGAUGAAUCACCAAAUGCAACGGGCAGAACCAGAUAUGGAUUACAUUCCCCCUCGGGUCAAGCUAAGUGAUGAGACAUUUGUCUUUGUAGAUGGCAAAUGGGUGAGUGAGACCUAUAAUCAGCCACCUUUUGCUUCCCAACAGAAACAUUACAACAAGAAGAUGCAGAAUGACUGGACUCUCUGGGAGGAGAACAAAGCACUCUGGGAAGAGAUCAAGGCCCUCCGGAUUGAAAACAAGGCCCUCCGGGAGGAGAACAAAACUCUCCAGUGCCUCCGGACGCAGAAUAAAGCCAUCCAGGUUAUUUAUGAUGAGACCCUCCAGCAGGUUCUCCAGAAGGAGAACAAGCCCUUCCCAAUCUUCCGAGAAAGGAAUAUAGGCUUCCAGGUCAGCCAAGAGAACAAGGCCCUUCAGGUUGUUCGGGAAAAUAAUAUGGCUUUACAGGUACUCCGGGAGGAGACCCAGGCUGUCCCAGUCUUCCAGAAGGAGACCAAAGCCACACCAAUCGAGGAGGAGAGCAAGGAUGAUGUCCCUGCCAUCCAGGAGGACAGCAAAGCCAACCCAAUCCAAAAUGAGAUCAAGGCUGUCUCAGCCCUCCAGAAAAUGAGUAAUUCUGUCCAGGACAUCUGGGAGGAAAGCAAAGCUGUCCCAGUUCAGGAGGAGAACAAGGCUGCCCCAGGUAUCCAGGAGGAAAAUGUGGCUCUCCAGGCUGUCAAGAAACUAAAUCAAACCCUCCAGGCCCUGCUAAAAGAGAACCAGACCCUUCUGGAAGAGAAAAAGGCAAUCCAGGUUCUUCAGGAAGAGAACAAAGUCUUCUGGGAAGAGAACAAUAAGUUGAAGCUGCAGCUAACUGUAGUGAAAGGCACAGUGUUGGAGAUUAUGGCCAGGAUGGAAAUACUGCAAAAGGAGCUCAAUACCCUUUCUCCUGUGCAGUGUAAUGAGAUGAGGAAGCCAGACAGGUGCUGGUAAAUGAAUAUCAGCAAGGAGAAAUGUGCUGCUUGGCACUAAAGACCUGCUAGAUCACAUUUGAUGGAAAAACCUCUCUCCUUGUUUCUAAUAAAGUCCUGGUGGAGACUCAGAAAAAAACAGA